CCCAGACCGUGCAAUGAAUUUCCUACCAACUGGCAAAUACUGGUAUUACACGUUAUCAAAUCCAGAGGACUCUAAAGCAUUCAGACAGAUCCUAACGACAUUAAAUCAUUUACCCAUACAUUCAAAUGCCAAUGGAGGUACGCUACAAUGUAGCCAAAAAAGCACCAAUGCUGCUUGGCCCUCUGACUACCACCAGCAGGCAAGGCAGGUCUUUAAGGACACAACAAGGACACAACGCUCGAGAUGGAUGGCGAAGAGGCUAAGCCCCAUCGAUUACAGGAUGACCUCCUACCACCACCACCAUACUACUGAUUUGGUGUGUUUCCUUUUUAAAGCAGAAGUCUCUACAUCUGUCACCAGAGCUUUGCCAGACAGUGUGGGAAGCCAUACUCUUCUCAAAUGACUUGUAAAUGUCCACUUCUACCACAUGACUGUGAUAAACAUAGCAGAUUGUUUCCUUUCUUUCUUUUUUUUUUUUUUUUUUUUUUUUUUUUUUGCAUAACAAGAUAAUAAUUAUCCAGUAAAGAAUUUGAUGUGUGUGUAUCAACAAGCAGGUGAAACAUAGUACUUUAGUUCAGGUUACUGCUAAACUGAAACUAAAGUAGCUGACAGGAUAAAUAGCUGACAUUUAUCCUGUGAGCUAUUAAUGAUGCUAUGAACCAAGAUCCUUCAGACAGAUCCUAACCUGACCUUCACUUCAGAGAAACCCCGCCCAAACCGCCCCGUUAUGUCUUCUGGCCGAGUGAUUCGCCGGCUGACUGUUAAGAAACGUGCCCACUGAUGUUGCCUGGGUGACUGAGUAGCUCAAGACUGAUUGCCAAAGGUGUGCAUCUUAUUUUUCUCUUCCUGCGUCUAUUUAGGGGCCUCAAAAUAAGAUUUGUUGCAUCUCCAGUGUUUUAAAGUGAUAAUUGGACGCUUUUAAACAGCACCCGUGGUGGAUUUUGAUCUCGAUCACUGACGCUUACACUUCAAGUCCCAUGAUGCACUCCGGCGGCUCACUUCGGCACAGGCAGCGAGCCAGUCAGCAGCAGCAGGUAAACAAACCCAUCUCACAGGGAAACAAAGCGUCUGCGCUGCUUCUGCUUUGUUGCAUUCGUAAUGAUGAAAAGGGUGACAUUGGAGUCGGAUAUGCCUUUCCUUGUCACAGGUUAAUUGCGAGUAGAGCCAAAGCGGCAUCGUGUUGGAGCAGCGACGUAGCGUCGAGGACCAAAAAACAGCAGUUCGUGUGUUAAACCUGCAGCGGAAGAGGAGAGGCUGGUGUCUUCGCAUGAUGCAUUGCAGCACCUCGGAGAAAAUGGGUGAUUUUAGCCGCGUCCUCAGACGAGGCUGUCUGAUCAGAGAUGUCGGCUGGCUUCUUUAGCUACCGUGCAAGACAAGAUCCGUGCUGGACUCCAGACGCAGCGUCCCAUGUGGUGCAACAUGGGCCCCAUCAUGCAGGAGCGCACGGCUUCCACGACACUGAAGCGCGUCGUUUCCAAGGAGAAGAUACGAGUUAAGAAUACCGAAAAUAGCGGGUCACUUACCAGCUCAAAGAAAUGUAACAAGACCACGAAAGCAAUGAGCCAAAUGAAAAAUGGUCUCCCGGGACCAGAUAAGGAUAAGGACACAGCAGCCCUACAGAGGGGUGCUCAGUCUAAAGGUGGUAGGAUGAAGUCAGGUGCGUCUCAAAAUGCAAGCAAACUCACAAGCCCUGAAGCAGAAGGAGACUGUAGACCUCAACUUCGCAAGCAGUCAUCUACACACAGGAAAGAGGAGAAACGAGAAAAUCAGCGACUGUCACCGUGCGGCAACGAGCUCCUCCCAAAUCGCCAGGGGAUGGGAAAAAGUCGUCGAGCGCUCUCUCUGCCUAUUUCUCCAAUAUCAGGACUACGGAUGUCGCCGUCCCACCCGCUAAUGCAUUCCCCGGCUCCGACCCCAGAAGCACUGCAGCAGCACUACAACAACAAGGAGGACGACUCUGACAGCGCUAGUGAUCUGUCAGACUCUGAGCGGCUGCCUGUUUUGCCCUCGCCGUGCACCCCGUGCACCCCGCCCCACCUCAACCUGCGGGCGGAGAUCAUUAACACUAACGACUUCCUCCCAGAUAUUCCAGGACCCCAUGGGAUGGCGGGGGACGAAGAUGAGAGUGAGAAACCCGCGUACACAUACUCUGAUUUCCUGCCUCCGCCCUUCAACUGCUGGAGCCUGAGACAGCUGGCGGUGUUUCUUCACACCGAGGGCCGCGGCGCCCCCCGGCCCAAGCCUGUGGGGUCCUUAGAGAAGUACCUGGAGAGGCUGCUGCACCUGGAGUGGCUUCAAAUCCAAACGGUGCAAGCAGAGAGCAGCCGCCCUCCUGGGGGUCGCACAAGACCACAGAGCUUCCCUUCUUCCACGGCCGCGCUGUCGGCCAGACCUCACACCGCGCCAUCUUCCCGACUCAACUCCCCCAAAGGGCUGCGGCACGGCUCGCGAGCCUUCCCUUUCACACCUGUUAACAACCCGCCGUCGCCUGCCUCAGCCCAGCAACAGCUCUCCCGCUUUCCAGUGUGUCCGCACUGUCACAUGCGAUACCCUCUCUGCAACGGAAGCUGCUCUGCCUACGCCUACCAGCGCCACUCGCGGCUCAGCCCAUUACUUGAGCGCAAGGCGCGCCCAGGAGCGGCAGCGAAGCGGAGCAGCAGCGAGACCCGAGCCGCCUCCUCUGAAGGUAGGAGCCCUGGAGCACAAGGCGGAGGGGGAGGGGCCCGUACACCGGUGAGCCCCUCAGCUGGGAGGAGUCAUCUCAGGCACAUGCAGGCUGCGGGUAACGCCCGGAAACAACCGCAGGAAGCCGGCACUAACCAAAAGGGCAGAGGGCAGGUGAGGAAAAGCCGCGUCAGAGCCAACUCCGAGACAGAUGUGAAGAAGGAGCCCAGCGGGAUCAAAGGUGCAGCCGCCGAGAAACGGGGACAUCCCGGAAGCAAGAGAGAGCUCAUCGCUUCCAAGAGAGACGAGAGGGACUGUCAGCGGGCCGAGGAGGGAAGUCAGGCCUCUAAAACUGCCACGAAAAGAGCUGCUAAAGAGCCAGCGAGUCUCUCCAAAGCUCCAGCUAGCAGCCACAGCAUUCCUAAACAAAAUGGCAAAACAAAAAAUGUGCACUUUGUUGCUAAGUAACCCCUAUAGGCCUGAAGUAUAUUGCUUUAGUUAGUGGUUACUUGGUAAAAAAAUCCUAAACCUAUGCUUGCUUUGUGUAAAGUCUGUGUAAAACUAACAUGCUCUAAUCCUUAUACAGCAGGAUGCACACAGCCUUUAAACUAUAGACAUGGUCUGUCAUUCAUCAACUAGUAGAUAACAAUAGGAUAGUACAGGUGUGUCCAAAUACAUUUUAAUAUCCUCAAAAAAUUUAUUUAUUUCACAAAUUUAGAAAGUAAAACUUAUUUUAUUAAGAUUAAUGACAGAUUACAUACAUUUUCAAACCGUGUUCUUUGCUUCCACAUAAUUUUCCUUUUGUGUCUUUCCCAGAAGGCAGUCCUUCUGGUGGACUUUCUGCUGGACAAUUGUCCAGUCGGUGGGCUUACCCAGGAUUAUGUUGUCUAUGGGCGUCUAUUUGAAAAUAAUUUCCUUAGCUAAUAUUCAGAUUCUGUGAGAAACGGAGUUUUGAGUUUUUAUGAGUUGUAAGCCGCAGUCUCUCAUCAUCAUGAGUGUCGCUCAUAUAAAACUACUGAAAUAAAUAAACUCUCCAGUGAUAUUCUAAUUUUAUUGAGGCAUCUGUAUGUUUGGCAUUUGUUUAAAAAAAAAACGGUAGAAUUAAAAGCGUCAUGCUGAGCUCUGCUUAGACAUGAGGUUCAGUAUCAACAUAGACACAGCUCUGAAUUUUAAUGCACCGCACUGUCAUCCCUCCGUUCUCUAAAUGUUACAAUAGAGAUAUAGGAUAAAUGAAAACAGAUACAAGCAUAAAUACUGCAUAAUGAUAUUUAGUACAAGUCAUAGCAUUUCAUAAAAUACUCAAGCAGCUUUGGAUGUUUGAAUGUAUUUUUGUUUUAUGUUGCUUUUUUUUAACCAUAAUUCUUUUGUGACCCCUGUUUUAAACUUUAAACGUCUCUUCAGCAAAAGGAAACACACUGGAUCAUCUUGUGACUUUGAGAUGUACUGUUUUUUCACCACUCUGUUACAGGUUUUUUUUUUUUUUUGUUACAAGGGCUUUGCAUUGUCAAAAAAGCUUGAAUUGUAGUUUGCAUUAACUUAAUGUAUUUUGCAUAGAGCUGAGGUCGUCUCGUCACUGAAGGCGGUGGAUUGUUUGCUACGAAUGUAAAUGCGUAUUUUUCCAGAAUUUCUAUACCAUAGCUAUAUUUAUGAGACGUCGUCGUGGUCGACUUUUAUUUAUUUUUGUCAUCUACAUGAUUACCUUGUGACUAACCUAAAAAAAAAAGAGAGAGAGAGAAAGAGAAAAGAGGAAUUGUUUUGUAGAAGAGCUGAAUGUAAUUUCUCUGGCCUCUGCAGUCAUCCCAAUUGUUUGAAUGGAGCUUUGACACAUGAUGGCCGCUGGGCUGUAACUGGGUGAUGGUGGACAGAUCACCUCCACAUUCCACUACAUACUUAAUGUUUGUAGAGCAAUGUUAAUAUUACAGCGCUUUGUCUGUUUUACAGUUUGAUUUAAAUGGUCAAAGCACUAAAAUUAACGUAAACGUGACGUACUAUGACUGCACUCACUAAGUAUAUAUUUAUGUAAAAUGUCAAAGCCAUAGUGAAGGGGCCAGGACAGACGAAUAUUGUUCAUGUGUACACUAUACACUAUGUUGAAAGAUUGUGGUAUUUUUCUCAGUGUUGGAUGCGAGUAUUUGUAAGGCAUAGAAAUAAAUGUUUUGGAAGCG